AAUUUAGUACUAAGACAUUAUCACACUCACCCAACUUAACAUGCAAACCAAAACUCCACAAUCCCAUCUCCAUCGCUCCCAAAAAAUCACAAAAAAUAGAGAAAAAAGAAAAUGAGAACCCCAUCAUCAUCAAGAAAAAAAGUAGUAACACCAUGUUGUAACAAAAUAGGGUUAAAAAGAGGGCCAUGGACACCCGAAGAAGACGAAAUACUGACUAAUUACGUCAGUAAAGAAGGUGAAGGGCGGUGGCGUACGUUGCCAAGGAAGGCGGGGCUCCUCCGUUGUGGGAAGAGCUGCCGCCUUAGAUGGAUGAACUACCUCCGCCCUUCCGUUAAACGGGGACAUAUUUCGUCAGAUGAAGAAGAUCUCAUACUUCGUCUUCAUCGACUUCUUGGCAACAGGUGGUCAUUGAUAGCAGGGAGAAUUCCAGGGAGAACAGAUAAUGAGAUAAAAAAUUAUUGGAAUACUCGCCUUAGCAAGAAAUUAAUCAGCCAAGGAAUAGAUCCAAGAACCCACAAACCAAUAAUACUAAACCCUAUUGCCUCUGGUGAUGAUAAUCAUAUUAUUACCAACAAUAAAGCUAAUUCUACUUCUCCUUCUUCAUCUUCAAAAUUAGCACAUAAUGAUCCCGACAUAAUUAUUCCAAACCCCAUUAAUUACAUUCCUUUCCAAAUGGAAGAUCAACCCUUAAGGAGCAUGAAUAAUAAUCGCCCAAGAGAAAUUACGUGUUUGGAUGAUUAUCAGUAUCAGAGCAGUCAAGCAAUGCUCGCCAAAUAUCGCGAUGAUGAUAUGAAUAUUGAGGUCCGUGAUAAGGGAGACGAUGAAAUGAAUUGUUGCACGGACGAUGUAUUCUCCUCCUUCUUGAAUUCUUUGAUCAAUGAAGACAUGUUCAGAUGCCAAAAUCAACAAAUCAAUGGUACAUUGCAAGAUUUUGAUCCUUUGAUCAUAGCUUCAUCUACACCUUCAUCUGCUCAAAUAACUCCAAGAGAAUAUAAUGGAUAAAUAAUGAUGAAUGUUUGAUUAUUAAAUGCCUUGUUAAUUACCUUCAUAUGUUUAUAUAAGAAAAACAUGGAUUCUUAUAUUGAUAUUUGUAACUAAACAAUUCUUUCCCCUGGUGAUUUUCUAGCUAGAUUAUUAAUGCCUUAAAUUUUUAUAUAUGUAAAUCUUACUGAUAUUGUAAUAGAGUAUGCAUGUUUGUGAGGGUUUCACAUUUAGGAAUGCUAUAAGUUAUAUAUUUGAGUUUAUUUUCUUGCUAUCUAAGGUCUUUAAAUUUACAGAAUACGGGGUCGCGAUGAACCAAUAGUUCAUGCGUUACAUUAAGUUAUAGCCUAUAGGACUAUAUAUACAUCUGAUAAUAAAUGUCAGACAAAAAGUAAUUCCUUCCUAAUUUAUCUGCUGAUAUCAAUGCUUCACUACGCUAAAGUAGCGGUUGAUUAACACAUGAUAGCUAAAAAAACAAGAGAAAAAGAAGCACAAGAAACAAACAAAAUUAAAGAAAGCAAUGCAACAUGUUAUUAACCUACGAUCGAGUAUAAGCCAAGUGUUUAAUUUUUUGCAACUCAUAAAGCAUUCAUAUAUGGACAUCUAGUUUACCAAAAAGAAAUAGCUAUAUAUAUAUAUAUAUAUAUAUAUAUAUAUAUAUAUAUAUAGUUACCCGGUGUCAAGGAAAGUACUCGUGUAUAUUCAAAUGAAUAGUGAAAGUACUAGAGGUUUGGACUUCGAAUGCUGGAAAUUAACUGGAAAAAAAAAGUGGUAAGUAACACUUUUCUCAUUAAUGGAUCUUAUUCGACGCAAAUACCGAUUAGUCGAGCCAUAUCAAUUGAUACAAGAUGGCUAAACAAUAAAAGAAAACAUAGUGAAAAAUAAAUGAAAGAAUACCAAAACAAAAGUACUCAGAAUUAAAAACAUCUUGAUUCUCUUAAUAUAUAUUUAUGUGAAAGUAAUAACUUGUUCAUGUCUUCAAUUGUCAAGCUACCGUCUACAUCCUCAUUUAUAUUUGACAACAUGAUAUACCAUAUAUAUUUCGACCAAAUAUUCACAACUUCAACUCAAAGACAACUACCAGUCUGUUUUAUUUAAUAUAUUUGAUUGGUCGGUAGCUCUACAUAUGCAUUCAUGAUUUUACUUUUCUUGUACAAUUUUAGAGUAAAAAUGAUUCUUAAUUCACAGGUGGAACUAAGAUUUUGAGUUUAUGAGUUUCGAAUUUUAGAACGGGAAAGUUACAUAGUCGGCCGGUCGGCCAAAAUAUUAACAGUCGGCUACACAAUACAUAUAUACAUAUAUUAUACAUUUUCCGGCUAACGUUUUUUUGUUAGUAGGGCGACUAUAUUAUGUAAGAGAUUCAGGAUUCUAAAUACAAGGUCUGGUCUAAAGUUACCAAGCUCGGCAGAACUUGCAACCAGAACAUAACUCUCUUCACAUGAUUUUUAUCCUCACUUUUGUAGAUUUAUUAAAGAAUGUUGGUAAGUUUAUAUGACUACAUGAGGGUAUGUGUAUGUAUGAAAACUUUUCAUUUGCUUCUCUUUUAAUGGAGUUGCAAUCAAACUAUUAGCAUUUAAAAGU